GCGCCGAAUUCCAGUACCACGGUAUUUGCGGUGGUUUUGCAACCGCCGAGUUCCAGUACGGCGGUAUUUGCAGUGGUUUUGCAGGCGCCGAAUUCCAGUACGGCGGUAUUUGCGGUGGUUUGGCAGGCGCCGAAUUCCAGUGGUAUUUGCGGUGGUUUCGCAGGCGCCGCGUUAGAAGUCCAGUACCACGGUAUACGGCAUUUGCGGUGGUUUUGGAGGCGCCGAGUUGCAGUACCGCGGUAUUUGCGCUGGUUUUGCAGGCGCCUAAUUCCAGUACCACGGCAUUUGCGGUGGUUUGGCAGGCGACGAAUUCCAGCACCACGGAAUUUGCGGUGGUUUUGCAGGGCGCCGAAUUCCAGUACGACGGCAUUUGCGGUGGUUUUGCAGGCGUCGAAGUCCAGUACCACGGUAUUUGCGGUGGUUUUGCAACCGCCGAGUUCCAGUACGGCGGUAUUUGCGGUGGUUUUGCAGGCGCCGAAUUCCAUUACCACGGCAUUUGCGGUGGUUUGGCAGUCGCCGAAUUCCAGUACGACGGCAUUUGCGGUGGUCUUUUGGAGGCGCCGA